CAUCGAGUGGCUCACUCGGACCCUCAGCCUGACUCUCGUCCGUCUUCGCAUUCGAUUUCAGAUGGAACAACUUCCGAGGAAGUCUGCUAACUUGUCCGUUUUUCGUUCCAUUUCGCGGCGCAACCGGUGACGAUGCAGAAGGCGUGUUCUUGAACAAUGGAUUUGGGGAACGAAGCAGUGAUAUCACCGACUGCGAGCCAUGAGUGGGUUGCGACCGAUCCUGGAAAAAUCGAGACGGCGAUAGCGACUUCAUGGGCGACCUACGUCUAGGUGCAGGCGAUGGUAACUCGGUCGGACUUUCCAACGUCCCCAAUGCCCGUAUUCUCUGGUCCAUCACUAUUUGCAGGGACAACCGAGAGCCUACUUUCGGAGUAUUCUUCCAACGUUCAGAGAGUUGGAGUGUCCCAAUACGUGGUGACUCGGAUGCGUGGGCGUCAAUGGCGACUCUACGACUCCUAUUCGUCGUUUCUGCCGCUCAAACUCCCUCACUGCCCUUUCUUCAAUACCUAGACCUUGUUGACGGUCUCCCUCCCACCCGCCCGAUGGGUCUAUAUCAAGCAAUUCCAGGCUGCCUAUUUCAGAGUCGGUUUCUGGUUCGGUCUCGGAUUGACUAACUGCACCAUGUGGAGGAGGCGAGAGUAAAGGACGUGCAGCGUUGCUUGCAAUUUGACCACUUAGCGAUGGAUCUGACCCUGAGCUUGCAGGCCACUGCGAUGUUUGAAGAGGUACAACUAUCCCCAAAUUUGACGAGUUCUGGCUUAUGCUAGGCGUGUUAGAACAUGCAGAAGCAGCUUCAUACGAUGGUGGUGGAUAAUCUAAACAAGAUCCAUGAACUAUAUCAGCGAAACCGAUCGCAUAGGGGCCUAAUUACACGGAUUCGCGUCGAUAUGAUAACAAGAUUGUCGCCUACCUGUAUUCUCCCUCCCAGGACGUCCCCUUCUCUGCCCUCUCGUGGGUGUCUGCGCACGAAUAUUCUUGGGAUAGCCCAGGUUAAAGUGUAUUUCUUCUUCCACUCGCUCUUCCCUCGUUCUACUCUUCUCCGGUCUUCGCCUGCGCACUUGCCUGCCGAGUUCGGGAGAAACUGAUCUCUCUGGCGUCUGGCGUCCGCUGUGGUUGCUUUCGCGGCUAUGCAUUGUUUGCGCUGCAAUUGCAGUUCGUUUUCCAGAGGCCAUCGCGGUAUAUGUGAGAGAGCAGUGGAGGGAGAUGGCAGACAAGGGUAAAGACGGAGUCUCAAUGCAAAGUCCACGCUUUUGCCUGCACUUUUCGUUUUUAGGGGUAUUUGACUUUGUUUGUAAUGUUAUUAAAACGGUAAUCAACAUUCUGCGACUCCCGCUUUUGAUGGAAGGGGGGCUGCAUCGUGUCGCGCUAACCAACUA